AUGAGCGCUCCUUCUUCCAAGACCCCAAUCUGGCUCGACUGCGACACUGGGCAUGAUGAUGCAUAUGCCCUCCUCCUCUGCGCGCACGAUCCAAAGGUCGAGCUGCUCGGUGUAAGCACUGUCCAUGGCAAUGCUGCGCUCGAUCAGACCACGUACAACACUAGGGCAAUAUUGGAAGCAAUCGGAAGACGCGAUGUGAAGGUCUACACUGGCGCCUCGAAGCCUCUCGUGCGUGAUGCUGUACACGCUGCCGACAUUCACGGCGAGUCCGGCCUGGACGGUGUCACCCUGCUUCCUAAACCCGUCGAGCCAGCGGCGACCGACGUCGACCACCUCGAGGCCAUGUACCGAGCUCUCAUGGCCACACCACAGAAUACCGCUUGGCUGGUUUCUACGGGCACAUUGACCAACAUCGGCAUGCUAUUUCAGAAGUACACCGAUCUAGCAGCUCAUCUCAAAGGUCUCAGCAUAAUGGGUGGUGCCGUCGGUGGAGGCUUCACGAAUGCGCCAAUGGGUACGGUUGAGGGAGAAGGCGAACGAUUUGGCAAUUGGACGCCUUAUGCUGAGUUCAAUAUCUACUGUGACCCCGAAGCAUCUCACUUCAUCUUCUCGCAUCCCGUUCUCAAGUCCAAGACGACACUCAUCCCUCUCGACCUGACACAUCAAGUCCUCGGUACAAAGAAGGUUCGCCAAACACAACUAUACGGGGAUGAGAUUUGGAAUUCGCCAGGCUCAAAGAGUAACCACACACCCUCAGCUAUGCGGGCCUUGUUCACCCAGAUCAUGUCUUUCUUCGCUGGAACAUACGCUGAGGUGUUCUCCAUAACCGAAGGACCACCGUUACACGAUCCGCUCGCUGUCGCAGCUGCUUAUAAUCUCGAUAUAUUCGAUGACAGGGGCGGCGAACGCUUCGAGGUUGAUAUCGUCACUGAAGGCGUUCACUCAUCAGACAAGUCGAAAGUUGGCGAACUGGGUAGGACAAAAGUCACCAAGCUUCCAAUUGGAGUGGAAGGCUGUCGUAUACCCAGAGGUGUUAGUCUUGACAGCUUCUGGGGCAGCAUUGAAAGUGCGCUCAAGCGUGCAGAUGCAGUCAGUCCGAUGCCGAAGGUUUCUAUCCAAGAGCUGGAAGAAGCCGGUGUUUUCAAUGGCGUUGGGAAACUACAAUGA